CAGAAAUAAAUCUGUUGGAAUGAGAGAUUUAUUAUUACUAGUCAUCGCCGUUUUGGCAGUGACGGGGAACGCUUUUGCCGAAAUACACGAAAUUCCAGCGGAGGAAAGAAAUAUCGUAGAUUGUCCACCAGAAGGAUAUACAUUCAUACCACACGAAUGCUCUUGCACCAAUUAUUAUUCUUGCGAAGACGGAAAGAAGUUUAUAGAAAAAUGUCCUGAAGGCAUGAUAUAUGAUUAUAUUAGAAAUGUUUGCGACUUACCGCAUGCCGCCAUAUGUAAAAACCAAAUGUAUAUUGACGACAGUUACCUAGAUUCAAAUUGUCAUUAUUCAACUGACUGUCCAUCCUCUAGCCAUGCUCGCUUCCCUCAUAAAGAGUGUAGGUUAUAUUACGAGUGCUAUGAGGGUCGCAAAUGUCUUCGGAAUUGUUCUGUAGGACAUGUCUACAAUCCAACUUUGCAUGUGUGCGAUCUACCUAAGAACGUUCCCGGCUGCGGCGGAGGUGGCAAUGAAGAACCUGACAAUACGACACCUGAUAAUACAGACUAUGAAUGUACUUCGUGUAAUAAUUGUAAUAAUUGUAUUGUUCGGUUUGCUUAUCCACUAAACUGUAAUCUGUAUUAUCAAUGUGAACAUGGACUGAAAGUGAUAAAGCAAUGUCCUCGAAAUCUAGUAUUCGACCGUAUAAAUCAGAUUUGUGACUAUCAAGAAAAUGUACAUUGCAUACCCACAACUACGAGCACGACCACGAGCACGAGCACGAGCACGACCCCCUCUACAGUCCCGCCCUAUUGCAUUGAAGGAGAGCGAACACAUCACGAGUGUCAAUGCCAUGAAUAUUAUGAAUGUCACGGCGGACGAUACGAAUGGUACAUAUGUAGCUCAGGCAAAUCGUUUGAUUAUAUACAAUUACAAUGUGUGGCAGAAGACAAGGCUAUCUGUUACCCCGGUAAAAAUAACGGUUGCGAAGGCACCUGUUCGUCAAGCAAUAGCCGGUUGCCCCACAAGGAGUGCAAUAAGUAUUGUACAUGCUACCACAGCGCCGCCACAGUUGAAACCUGUCCCCGCCAUAUGUAUUACGACCGGGGUACACAAAGCUGCCAGUGGCCAGAAGAUAUAAGUUACUGGCCGAAGCAGUGUAAUCCUUUCGACUGUAGUUUGGGUUACGAGAACGUUCCUGAUGAAUGUCACUGUGACAGAUAUUAUAAAUGUUCAGGCAAUGGGAGAAUACCUGCACGGUGCGCAAACGGACAACUUUUUGACUAUAGAAAAGAAACAUGUGUUGAUAGUAGAUAUGCUUACUGUUAUGUGAGCCCAUCAUGUGAUGAAACUAAGAAUUGCGGAAUCUGUGACACCACAAAACACGACACAAGUAUUUACGCAGGUGAUUGUCAAAAAUAUUGUAGAUGCAGCGGCAGGAACGUGUAUAUCGAGCAAUGUGCCAGCGGUUUGUACUAUGAUAAUGUCUCAGGAGAAUGUGCCUGGCCUGAAAGCGUGGAUUUAAUAUCUAUGCACUGCCCGCGCAUAACUGACUGUACCAGAACUUCCAAGUUUGUACCCCAUAAUUGUGAAUGUGAACUUUACUAUAAAUGCGAAGGAGGAGUCAAAUAUCUCGCAGAAUGCCCUGGUGCAUCAUCUUUUGAUUAUGUACUCGGAAACUGUGUGUAUAAAGAUGCCCAUUGUUAUCAUGAAUAUUCAAAUAAAACGAUUCCUGUCAAUUCCUGUAUAGGGCGCUGUCCGGAGCAGACGUCUUCUAGUCCGAUUAUCCGUUUGCAACACAGAGAUUGCAGCAAAUACUGCGUAUGUUCAAUGGGGGCUCCUUAUGUCGUCAAUUGCCCUGGAUGUAGUCGGUAUGACAGUCAACAGCAGACCUGUGUACCAUCAGAUUCUUGCAACUGCAACUUACGGGCAAACAAAACUUUUUGGUCGGAUAUACCAUUCCUGAAUAAUUUUCUUUAAAAGCUAGGAAAUGAAUCGCGCAAUCAAAAAGAAUAAUCACCAAGGAUAAAUAAUACCUUCAUCGAGUAUCUCUGAAUUCUAGAAUAUUACGAUGUCACAAGGUUAAAACGUAAUGCUGCUUUUACAUAUUGUCUAAUUUAUGUAAUUUUUUAGAAUGACUGCAUUAAAUUUGGCCACAGAUGGCAAAUUUUCUGUAAAU